GUUUUCCCGCUCACUCUCGCGAGAUCAUCAUCAUCAGUCCAACAGCAACCAUGGCGGCCGCGAUGGAUGUAGACACCCCAAGUGGAGCUAACAGCGGAGCUAGCAAGAAGCGUUUUGAAGUAAAAAAGUGGAAUGCAGUGGCACUGUGGGCUUGGGACAUUGUGGUGGACAACUGUGCCAUUUGCAGAAAUCACAUUAUGGAUCUUUGUAUAGAGUGUCAAGCUAACCAAGCCUCUGCGACAUCAGAAGAGUGCACAGUGGCCUGGGGAGUCUGCAAUCACGCUUUUCAUUUCCACUGCAUCUCUCGCUGGCUGAAGACCAGACAGGUGUGUCCCCUGGACAACAGAGAGUGGGAGUUUCAGAAGUAUGGUCAUUAGCAGCGUCUGGACUGAUUCAGCAUUUCCAUCAGGCAUCAUUCCUUCUGUUUAGAUGCCGCUGUUUUCUUGUUAAAUAGAUGUAUUAGUACAGCGUUAAAUUGUUGAUUUUUUAUUUCUGUGCAGCAUACAAGGCUGUAAAUUAUGAAUAAAGUCUCUCUAGAGUCCA